AUGGAUGUUAGGUCUGCACUUCAGAAGCCAGAGGACGUUCAAAAUGAAUUCCAGACGAGCAGCUCAGUCAUUCACAUCGACAAGGCUGCAUCAGAGUCGGGCUCGCCUGGCGAUGCCCACAGAAAGGCUCUGACUCGAAAGCUCCUCUUCAAGCUCGAUAGCCGAAUCCUUCCUGUCCUCGCCCUGCUGUUUCUUUGCUCUUUCCUGGACCGAACCAAUGUCGGGAAUGCCAAAAUCCUUGGGCUGCAGAAGGAUGUUGGUCUCAGCGACCGUCAAUACGCCAGCGGUCUGGCCAUUUUCUUUGCAUUCUACAUCGCCGCGGAGUUGCCGAGCAAUCUGGUGCUCAAGAAGGCGAGUCCAAGAAUUUGGUUGUCGUUUUUGACUGCCGCAUGGGGCAUUAUCGGGAUGUGCCUUGGGUUCAUCCACAACUACGCCGGAUUCCUGAUCGUCAGAGCAUUCCUGGGGCUUGCAGAGGGCGGCCUUCUGCCUGGCAUGGUCCUAUAUCUUUCAGGAAUAUAUACUCGAGGUGAGAUGGCUUUGAGGAUCGGUCUCUUCUACACCUCGGCUUCACUGGCUGGCGCAUUUGGCGGACUCCUGGCCCGCGGUCUUUCAGCCAUAGGCCCCAAAGCUGGUCUGGAUGCCGGCUGGCGAUGGAUCAUGGUGAUUGAGGGGCUGUUGACUUUCGCCGCAGGUGUGGCUGCAUACUUCUUGCUUCCCAACGAUGUAUCGACUGCAUGGUUCCUCAAGACCGAGGAGCGAGCACUGGCAGCAAAGCGACUGCAGGAAGACACCCCGACAUACUCACGCGAUGGUCAUUCCAGCGAAGCGACCGAGAAGUUCCGCUGGUCAGAGGUCGUGCGUGGCAUCCUCAGCAUCCAAAUGUGGCUAACGGCGACUGCCUACUUUUCCAUCCUGUCCGGCUUGUACUCCUUUGGGCUCUUCCUCCCCACCAUCAUCAAGGGGCUGGGGUAUACGGCAAACGAAGCCCAGCUGUGGUCGGUCAUCCCAUACGCCGUGGCAGCCGUGGUCACGGUCGUCGUGGCGUUUGCUUCAGAUCGUCUGAAACUCAGAGGAGUGGUCAUGUUAUGCGUGCUGCCGCUGGCCAUCAUUGGCUAUGCGGCCAUCGCGAACGUGAGCGAGCACGACAAUAACACCAAAUAUGGCAUGACCUUCUUGAUGGCGACGGGCUUGUACGCCAGUGUCCCGCCCGUUCUGGUCUGGAAUUCCAACAACUCGGCGGCCCAUUACAAGCGUGCUGCCACCUCUGCUCUACAGCUGGGCAUAGCCAACGCUGGCGGGUUCGUGAGUGCCUUCAUCUACCAGUCUUCCGAGGCGCCUCAAUAUCACAAGUCGCACACCAUCAUUCUGGGGUUGUUGGUGUAUGCGUGGUUCGCAAUCCUGCUCAAUGUUCUCUACUGUGCCAAGAUCAACCGCGACAAGACCAAUGGUAAGUAUGACCAGUAUAUCGAGUGUGGAGACGAUCGAGAUCCGGAAUUCAAGAUGGUGCUGUGA